AUGCCACUCCUCCCGAUGCCAGGCUCUCCUGCUGCCUCCUGGGCAACCUACCGUGCCCGCUUGAAAGCCGUCUUCCAUGGCGCGGACCCGCGAGUGUGCGCCGCCUUCUGGCUCUUUGGCCUCAUCAACAAUGUCCUCUACGUGAUCAUUCUCUCCGCUGCACUCGACCUCGUAGGCCCUGCCGUGCCCAAGGGCGUAGUCCUCCUAUGCGACGUUAUACCCUCGUUCCUCACCAAGCUAUGCGCCCCCUACUUCAUCCACAAGAUCCCAUACAGCCUGCGCAUCCUGAUCUGCGUGGCCCUAUCAGCAUGCGGCAUGUUCGUCAUUGCCCUGACGCCUCCACUGCAAGACUCGAGGACCAUCGCGAUAAAAAUGUGUGGCGUGAUGCUGGCUAGUCUUAGCAGUGGAGGCGGCGAGCUCAGCUUCCUCAGUCUCACGCAUUACUAUGGCCACUUUGCGCUGGCGGCAUGGGGAUCUGGCACAGGUGGAGCGGGCUUGAUCGGUGCUGGAGCAUACGCCCUUGCAACCAACACGCUGCACAUCGACCCGAGGACCAGUCUGCUUGUGUUCGCCUUCUUGCCUCUGAUCAUGGUGUUCAGCUUCUUCGUCGUGCUUCCACUUGGACCUCUUCGCGCCGGCGUAGCAAAAAAUGGAGGAUACGAGGCAAUAGACACUGCUGAAGACGAUAACGACGAGACAGAACAGGAAGAAGAGCAAAACGGCCUCUUGUCGUCGUCCACGCACUCAUCCGCCGCCCCGGCCAAAGCAGCUCUGCACAGCUUCAAAGCGAACCUCCUCCGCGCCCGCAGCCUCUUUUUCCCCUACAUGCUCCCCCUCCUCCUCGUCUACAUCGCCGAAUACACCAUCAACCAAGGCGUCGCGCCCACGCUGCUCUUCCCCCUCGCCUCCUCCCCCUUCACCCACUACCGCUCCUUCUACUCCACCUACCAAACAAUCUACCAAGUCGGCGUCUUCAUCUCGCGCUCCUCCACGCCGUUUAUCCGCAUCCACCACCUGUACACACCCUCGUUUCUCCAAAUCGCCAAUCUGCUCAUACUCUCGCUGCACGCCAUGUUCGACUUUAUCCCGAGCUAUUACAUCGUGUGCGCGUUUAUUUUCUGGGAGGGACUUCUGGGCGGCCUGGUGUAUGUUAGCACGUUUGCGGAGAUUACGGACAAUGUGCCCAAGGAGGACAGCGGAGUUUAG